UCUAUGCUGCAUUGCUAAAACCUGCCCCUUAUAUAAGAACCCUUCAGUAUAGAGGCCAGGCCCACUCCCAGCCGUCACUGUCCCAGCGCUUGUGUUUAGCCCUCAGUACUAGAACAAGCACCAAUCAGAGCGGGCGGCGUUGUCUCACACACGUUGGGGAGUUCACUACACAAUAGACGAAGAUCCGGAGCUCACUUCCCUCUCCCGCCAGCAGCUGAACCGACACAAGUGAUAGAGAAGACAUGCCGCUGCUUCACCACAAGCCUUUCACCCGGACCCCGCCGCCAGCCGACAUGGAACCCGCUGAACGCCUCUUCUAUUGCCGGGUGACCAACGAGGUCUUCAGGGACUAUGACAUGUUUUUCGAACGCACUAUCCUUUGUAACAGUCUUGUCUGGAGCUGCUCCUUCACUGGGAAAUCUGGGCUUACUUACCAAGAGGCUCUUGAAUCUGAAAAAAAAGUGAAAAAAAGCUUGCUGAAUUUCCCAGAGUCGGUAAUCGUACCUGUUUUAUACCUCGCCACUCUCUCAAGUCAUCAGAAGGUGUCAGAUCUUUGUGAAGAUAUGUAUGACUAUGUGAAAGACCGAUUCUUUAUUGGUGAAACUGUGACUGUAACAAGGAACAGUGGUGCAAGGUUGGAAUGUACGAUUUUGGAAGUUAAACUUCCACCACCGGAAAGUGGAAUGACAAAUGGACACAGCAUCCACAGCGACACAAUUAUAAUCAGUGACAGUGAUGACGAGCCAGAUAAGGAUGUUCCGGAUAUCUGGAAGAAAAAAGACUCCAUUGACCCAUUAUUAUUCAAAUACAAAGUUGAACCUAUUGUAAAAGAAAUGUAUGAAUCGGUCACUGUGAAACAAUGCCAAGUCAGUCGGAAGCCUUCUAUGUUUUCUCAAGAUAAACUGAAAAACUUCUUAAAACUUCACUGUGAAAUACAAAAUGGGAUAGUGAAGCCUAAGGCAAGUAGUAUUACAAAGUAUCAAAUCUUAGAGAAAAAUUUCUUCCAUUAUUUUCCCGAUGAGCCUCCAAGAUUCAUAUUAUCAGCAGAAAAAAAAGCGGCAGCAGCUAGAAAGCAUCUGAGAAGAGAUAAUGCAAACAAACAGGCUGCAAGGGAAAGGGAGAGAAUUCUACAGCACAAAGCAGAAUUGAAAACAAUAGAAAUCGAAAAAGAGAGACUAAGAAAAGAACGUGCCGGACGCAUACAAUCCAGGAACAGAGAAGAAAAGGAUAAAUUACAGAAGGGUGAAUAUAAAAAGACUGUUCAGGUAGAACGGCUGAAAAGAAGGGAAGAAAGAAAGAUAAUGAAACUUGAAAGGGAAAAGGAAAGAGAGAAAAUCCGUGAAGAAAAACGUAAAUAUGCAGAGCGCUUAAAACUGUGGAAUCAACGACGGGAUGAUUUAGAGUGUGAUGAUUUAAAAAAUCUUCCUGAUCCAGUUACAGUGAAAACAAGACUCCCUCCUGAUUGUUUUGGGGAUGCUAUCAUGGUUUUAGAAUUCCUUCAUGCAUUUGGAGAAUUGUUUGACCUUAAGGAUGAGUUUCCAGAAGGAAUCACAUUUGAACUGCUUGAGGAGGCUUUGGUUGGCAGUGAUCCGGAAGGACCUCUUUGUGAGCUUCUUUUCUUUUUCCUGAGUGCCAUUUUUCAGGCCUUAGCAGAAGAGGAAGAGGACGUGGCAAAUGACCAAAUAACAGACACAGAAGCCAAAGGCUUAACAGAUGCUUUGGGAGAGGAUGCAGACACAACAAAAUCUGCUCUAUAUGCAGUAGCUUCUUUAGCAGCAGCUUGGCCCCAAUUAAAUCACGGCUGUAGUCUAAAAGAGCUGGAUUUAGAUAGCUGCACUCUUUCAGAGAUUCUCCGUCUCCAUAUUUUGGCUUCUGGUGCUGAAUCCAACUCUGCCAAUGCUAAAUAUCGUUACCAAAAGCAGGGUGGCUUUAUUGCAACAGAUGAUGCUUGUUUGGAACUUCGUAUGAACCAUCCUGCAAUCUUAAAAAAGCUUUCUACUACAUCGGUUUAUGACUUAUUACCUGAUGAAAAGUUGAAAAUUCUCCAUGCCCUUUGUGGUAAGCUGCUUACAUUAGUUUCCACUAGAGACUAUAUUGAGGAUUGCCUUGAAGAGCUGCGGCAAGUGAAACAAGAAUUCAGAGAACUGAAAGCUGAGCAGAAUCGGAAAGAAAGAGAAGAAGCUGCUGCUAGAAUUCGAAAACGUAAAGAAGAGAAGUUGAAAGAGCAAGGACUAAAGAUGAAGGAUAAGGAAAUUAGUAAAGAGAGAGAAGAUGGGAACAGAAGUUCAACUAAAAGUGCAGGUAUCGAAGAACAAAAGGAUUUGGACACAAGGUGUGAAAAUAAAGAUACUAAAAAUGGAGACCAGGAUGUGACCACUGAAGAUAAAGAAAGUUUGGCAUCUGUGGGCAAGAAAAGAAAAGGUCUAAAAGAGAAAACUUUAGAUUUCCUGGGAAAGCCAGAACUUUCUGCAGUAAAUGAAGAAUUGAGGCAGAAACAAGAGGAAAAAGAGCACGAAUUGUUAGAAAAGAUGCAACAUGUCACAGCAUGUACCAACAUAAUCCCUUUGGGCCGAGACCGAUGGUAUAGGCGAUUCUGGACAUUCUUUUCUAUACCAGGACUUUUUGUGGAGGAGGACUAUAUUGGCAUAACCCAGGAUAUGCUACAACCUCAACCAAUUACUGAAACAGAAACUGAAAAUAUUUCUAAGGUUAAUGGUCAUGAUUCUCCUGUAAAAGAUAUGGAAAAAAUUAUUGAGCUUUCUAAACCAGUAGACAAGCCAAAUCGCUGGAGCUACUACAGCACAGUGGAACAGUUGGAUGAACUUAUCGAGUGCUUGAACACACGAGGGUAUAGAGAAAGUUCGCUUAAGGAAAUCCUGAUACAAGAAAAGAUGAGAAUCUGCCAGAAAUUAUGUAAUUUCCCAGCAAACCGUUUUCACAUAUCAGACAGUCCACCUCCGACAGAUAUUAAACCUGGGAGGGGAAGACCUCUGAAAGUGUAUGAUACUGCACAGACCUCUGCUGACAAGCACUUAGAACUAAGACUGUGUGAGCUGCUCCUUGACGUUGAAGACCGAAUUUACCAGGGCACACUUGGUUCUGUUAAGGUGCCUGACAGACAGUCAUGGAGGGCCGCUCUUGAGAAAUGUUCAUACAUACUAUUGGAUAAUGAGAUGAAAGAAAAUGGAACUGUGAAACUGGAGAAUAAAGAAUUUGAUAUGGAAAAUGAGAUAAAUCAAAGCAAUAAGGACAGGCUCCAAAGUUUGAAAACGGACAUCCAAAGUGCCACAUCCACAAAUGCCAGUACUCCACAACCAGUAACAAAUUUUGUACGCUAUCUGGCAGAAGCAUUAUUGAAAAUAGAGCAGGGAGUGGAACGCAAAUACUUAAAAACUCCUCUUGGUGAUGCUGAAGAUAAUAAGAAGAACUCUAAAUUUGAUAAAAAGAAGGAUGACAAAAAAAGGAAAGAUGAAGAUCAAACCAGUGACGUAGAUGAUGCUAUUGACAGUGGUCGUGUUCUAAAAACAGUGCUGGACCGCUGGCGAGAAUCUUUACUUUCAUCUGGUAGUUUAUCUCAAAUCUUCCUCCAUUUAUCCACGUUGGAUCGCAGCAUCCUGUGGUCCCGAUCAAUUCGUAAUGCCAGAUGCAAGGUUUGCCGCAAGAAAGGAGAUAAUGAAAGUAUGAUCCUGUGUGACGGCUGUGAGAGAGGGCACCAUAUUUAUUGUGUGAGGCCUAAGCUAAAGUUUAUUCCUCAAGGUGACUGGUUCUGUCCAGAGUGUAGACCUAGACAAAGGACCCACAGGCCUAAUCGUAAGAGACAUUCAGUGGAUAGUGAUGAAGAAGAGCUGUUAGAAGAUGUGCAAGAGCAAUCAACAAAUGAAGAUGAGGAGACUGAUGUGUCCAAAGAAAGUGCAAUAAAGAAAGAAAAAGACAGAUUGCAAUUCCCCUCAAAGACUAAAGGAGAAAAAAUUGCUAGAAAGCCAGGACCCAAGAAGGGAUCUGGGAAGAUGCCUAAAAGUCAACAAGUCACGCCGAAAAAAAGUUUGCAAUCUCCAAAAGGAAGAGGUAGAGGCAAAAAGCCCAAUUCUGCCCCAGCAAUGGAAAAAAAACUUUUUUCACACAUCUCCAUUCACAAUUCACAAUCAAAGGCAGAAUUGCAUGACGCUUCCUUAGUAGAGCUGGUUUCAAUUCCGGGACAAAGCAAGGGUCAGGGCAGGGGCCGAGGCAGAGGUAAAAGCCAAUCUGUUGAUAGCACUCCUAUAGGAAGCCCAUUUGCCUUCCGUCCAUUUACCCUUGAUAAUGUUGAGCAGACACCAAAAGGAAGAAUAGCAAAAUCACAGAAUUCUACACCUAGCCACGUGGAGGCCAGAGGAAGAGGCAAAAGACUUAUAACAGCUGAGAUUUCAUUAGCAGAUAAAGGAAACAGGAGGAGUUCUGGAAGACAGCAUGGUGUACAUGAGUUAUCUGCCUGUGAGCAGCUGGUGGUGGAGUUAGUGAGGCAUGAUGACAGCUGGCCUUUCAUGAAACUGGUGUCUAAGAUCCAGGUUCCAGACUAUUUUGAGAUUAUCAAGAGACCCAUUGCCUUAAAUAUUAUCCGGGAGAAAGUCAACAAAUGUGAAUACAAGUCUGCAUAUGAGUUUCUGGCAGAUGUUGAAUUGAUGUUCUCUAACUGCUUUGAGUAUAACCCUGUUAAUAGCAAUGAGGCUAAAGCAGGAGUUCGACUACAAGCCUUCUUCAUGAAUGAAGCUCAAAAAUUGGGCCUGGAGAUAACCCCAAACAUGCAGUCUUCAACUCCUCCCCCUGCUAAAAAGUCCCGCAUCUGACUUCUGUCAAACAAGUUCUACCAGAGAUCAUAAAGUUUUUAUUUAUAAUUCUGCUGUCUUGUUGAACUCAUUUUCCAAGCAAUACACUUGGCCAUACAAGCACUGAUUACUCUUACUAUUCAUUACUGAUGGCAAAUGCAUCAACUGCUCAGUAGGGUUUAAGCCACAUACAUGUUUGUUUAUAGAAGUAUAUAUGUAUAUCAGAGAUACAAUGUACUGUUGAAUUAACUUGACUUUUUCUAAGUUUUUGUAGUUUUUUAAAAAUAUUUUCUCAUUGAAACUUGCUGUUUAUAUUAAGGAGAUACAAUUGAUAAUAGAUUUUCUAUCUGAACACUACUUGGGUUGAGUAUACUGGAGUAUUUUUUUGAGAGAUGGGCUUUACACCUUUAAGAGUAUUUUGUGAAUCUUAGCUAUUUAUUUAGCAUUUAAAGCAUUUGUGAAUGGUUUAUAUGUAUCUUUUUUGUAUUUGAAGCUCAAGCAUUGUCAUUUAACUUUUAGCUUGUCACACAGACAUGUAAAGGGUUAAAUUGGUUGGGGUCUCAGUGCUCAGACAACUCCCAAUCAUUAGUUAUAGCAGGAUGAAGCGCACGGCAGUGCAAAUCACUGUGAGUUUGUGUGCAGUCCAACUGAUCAAUACAGGGAUCUCCGACCAGUCUUCACUUUUGACAUGUCCAUGUGAAAUAUCAAACGUUAAUUUAAAUGAUAGUAAUGAUUUAUUGUUGUGACAAACUUUUCCAUCCACAAAUGGAUGUCUACCCCCCCCCCCCUUCCCCCCUCCUCAUGUGACCAAUAAAGGCCUAUUGCAGGCUACUAGUACAGUGAUAUCUUCACAUGCAGAUACCUGUAUUUCAAAGCAAUAAAAAAUUUUUUUCAUCUUUCUCAUAAUAUAUUGUCU